AUGAGACUAUUCCAAAAUACGCAGGAGUUCAACUAUCCGUGGGAUCAAGUCACGGCAGCAAAUUGGCGAAAGUAUCCGAACGAAGUUUCCACACAUGUAGUUGCUGUGGAUGUGUUAAGAAGGGAACUAGAUGUUAGUGGGACCAGACUUACGAGUGAACGCUUGAUAACGUGCAAACAAUCCAUUCCAAAAUGGCUUUCGACGUUGAUAGGAAGCUCGAACAAGAGUUUUGUGCGGGAAGUCUCGGUGGUGGAUUUGAAUACUAAGACCUUGACUUUGAAAAGCUGCAACCUUACAUGUGCGCAUUUGCUCAAGGUCUAUGAAACGGUCCAAUACAUGCCGCAUCAUUCGGAUUUGAACAAGACGUGUUUUCGGCAGGAGGCGCAAAUAACGGCGUACGCCACGAUCAGCACUUUGUGCAACCGGAUUGAAGAGUGGUCUGUCAAGAGAUUUGGAGAAAACGCUUCUAAGGGCCGUCAGGGUUUCGACUCAGUUCUCCAGAUGCUUAGCACAAACUGGGAACAGCGUGACAAGCUUGUAGACGAGCUGAGCACCAAGGUUGCGGGCACCGUUGACGAAAUUAUCAUUACCACCGACAAUCUAAUCAAAGAAACGGAGCUGAAAUCCACGUCACUGAUUUCGCGUUACUCCAAGCAAAUACAGCGGGCCUUUAACUUUGGCAACUAA